GGGGCCGGGCGCGCAGGAGUGAAAAGGAGGCGGCGGCCGCGGCUGCGAGCAACAGAUCCGGACGCCGCGAGCAGACGCGUUCUGCUGUUGGGCGAUUUUUUUUUUUUAAUUUCAAAAAAUAUUAUUAAAUUAGAAAAUCCUGCAUUUUUAAAUGGCCCUGGCCCCAGGACAGCGGGCGGUUUUCUCUGCUUCAAGAUGGGCUUUGCUGUUUCUGUCGUGGGCACCAGUGGUGGCCUGAUUGUCAGUCUUCUCCGGGCAUUUUUAAGGCCAGGAGCCGAGCACUGCAUGUAGGCGAAUCACCCCGCAGAGCAGUUUGGCUUUUAAAAUUAUUGUUAGUAUUUGGGGCAGAGGACAGCCGAUCUUGGGCACUUCGUCCCCUCUGCAGACGAGGCUGUGAGUCGGAGGUGGGUCGCCGGGAGAGUGGAAUUGCUCGCGGGUGAGCGAGCCCCGGCCCCGCGCACGGUCCAGGCGGCCCCGAGUGUGUGUCCUCUCCCUGCCGGCGCCGGGAAAAUGGAGGCUGUGAUUGAGAAGGAAUGCAGCGCGCUCGGAGGCCUCUUCCAGACCAUCAUCAGCGACAUGAAGGGGAGCUAUCCAGUGUGGGAAGAUUUCAUAAACAAAGCAGGAAAGCUACAGUCCCAGCUUCGGACCACAGUAGUAGCAGCAGCUGCCUUCCUGGACGCCUUUCAGAAAGUGGCUGACAUGGCCACCAACACACGUGGUGGCACCAGGGAGAUUGGCUCCGCCCUGACCAGGAUGUGCAUGAGACACAGGAGCAUAGAAACCAAGCUCAGGCAGUUCUCCAGUGCUUUGAUUGAUUGUCUGAUAAACCCGCUUCAAGAGCAGAUGGAAGAAUGGAAGAAAGUGGCCAACCAGCUGGAUAAAGACCACGCGAAAGAAUAUAAAAAAGCUCGCCAAGAGAUAAAAAAGAAAUCCUCAGAUACGCUGAAACUGCAGAAGAAAGCAAAAAAAGUGGACGCUCUCGGGCGAGGCGAUAUCCAGCCUCAGUUGGACAGCGCUCUCCAGGAUGUCAACGACAAGUACCUCUUGCUGGAAGAGACAGAGAAGCAGGCGGUCCGGAAGGCUUUGAUUGAGGAGCGUGGUCGGUUCUGUACCUUCAUCUCCAUGCUGCGGCCAGUGAUCGAAGAAGAAAUCUCAAUGCUAGGGGAGAUCACUCACCUUCAGACCAUAUCAGAAGAUCUGAAAAGCCUGACCAUGGACCCUCAUAAGCUGCCCUCCUCAAGCGAACAGGUGAUUCUGGACCUGAAAGGCUCUGAUUACAGCUGGUCGUACCAGACGCCGCCCUCUUCCCCCAGCACGACCAUGUCCCGCAAGUCCAGCGUCUGCAGCAGCCUGAACAGCGUCAAUAGCAGUGACUCGCGCUCCAGCGGCUCCCACUCCCACUCCCCCAGUUCCCACUACCGCUACCGCAGCUCCAACCUGGCCCAGCAGGCACCCGUCCGCCUGUCCAGCGUGUCCUCCCACGACUCAGGAUUCAUUUCCCAGGACGCUUUCCAGUCCAAGUCACCAUCCCCCAUGCCGCCAGACGCCCCCAACCAGUUGUCUAACGGGUUUUCUCACUGUAGUUUGCCAAGUGAGUCCCAUGUGGGGCUCGUGGGGGCAAGCCUUUCCCCUCAUUGCCCGCCUGCCUCCCGCCUGCUCCCUCGGGUCACCUCUGUCCACCUUCCAGACUUCGCUCAUUGUCACACCAUUGGGCCCGGCAUGUUCCCGUCAUCUCAGAUCCCUAGCUGGAAGGACUGGGCCAAGCCCGGACCUUACGAUCAGCCUCUGGUGAACACCCUGCAGCGCCGCAAAGAGAAGCGGGAGCCGGACCCCAAUGGAGGAGGACCCACCGCCGUGGGUGGCGCGCCUGCAGCGGCCGAGGAGGCUCAGAGACCACGGAGCAUGACCGUGUCAGCUGCCAACAGGCCUGGUGAGGAGAUGGAGGCGUGCGAGGAGCUGGCGCUGGCCCUGUCGCGGGGCCUCCAGCUGGACACCCAGAGGAGCAGCCGGGACUCGCUGCAGUGCUCCAGUGGCUACAGCACGCAGACCACCACGCCGUGCUGCUCCGAGGACACCAUCCCCUCCCAAGUUUCAGAUUAUGAUUAUUUCUCUGUAAGUGGCGACCAGGAGGCAGAUCAGCAGGAGUUUGACAAAUCCUCCACCAUCCCGAGAAACAGUGACAUUAGCCAGUCCUACCGACGGAUGUUCCAGGCCAAGCGCCCGGCCUCAACGGCUGGCCUCCCCACCACCCUCGGACCUGCUAUGGUCACCCCAGGGGUUGCCACCAUCCGACGGACCCCUUCCACGAAGCCUUCUGUCCGCCGGGGGACCAUCGGAGCUGGUCCCAUCCCCAUCAAGACACCCGUGAUCCCGGUCAAGACCCCAACUGUCCCAGACCUCCCCGGGGUGUUGCCCGCACCUCCGGAUGGGCCAGAGGAGAGGGGUGAGCACAGCCCCGAGUUGCCCUCUGUGGGUGAGGGCCCCCCGGGUGUCACCAGCAUGCCCUCCUCCAUGUGGAGUGGCCAAGCCUCCGUCAACCCUCCUCUCCCAGGCCCGAAGCCAAGUAUCCCCGAGGAGCACAGACAGGCGAUUCCAGAGAGCGAGGCCGAAGACCAGGAGAGGGAUCCCUCAAGUGCCACUGCUUCCCCAGGCCGGAUCCCGGAGAGUGACGCUGCAGACCUGAGCCCCAGAGAUACUCCGCAAGGGGAAGACAUGCUGAACGCCAUCCGUAGGGGCGUGAAGCUGAAGAAGACCACGACAAACGACCGCUCCGCCCCCCGCUUCUCAUAGGCUCUCAUGGGCUCCCCAGAAAUGCUGCCAGUGGGGGAGGAACUGUUCAAUCCAUAAAACCUAAUUUGUCUCAAUCCAUUCCAAUCUAUAAUCAGACAAAAGAUUUUGUAGGCAACUCAGAACACAGCUCUUUUGAAAGUACGCGACACCUUUAGUUAAGAAUUAAAAGUAACAUACGUAACUGACGUACCUUUGAUCUUUUAAUUUGUAAAUAUUGACCAUUUUCUUUCUGCACAUUUUAAUCUUAGUUUCCCUUUUGAUUUUUCUGAAGGUGCCAAAUUCCAUUUAACUUUUUUACAAGUCUUUGUAAAAUUUUAAAUGCAUAAUGGGUGGGGGGGCGGUUGGGGCAGGGGAAACACAAAGUAGUUAAUUUCAGAAAAAAGGAUAACUCUACUUUAGCCUUUUCUUUUCUCUCCUUUUUUCCUGCAAGCUUUUGUAGAUGCAGUGUAGUAGUCUGGCUUAGAAGCAAAUUCAAGUUAUUUUAAUGUACAGACAAAAUGGAUCAAGGGGUAAAAAUCUUCCUUUACAUGUAGUACGUUCUGGCUGAGAAAAGCAGGAGUAACAAUUGAGCAAUAUUCAGAGUGAAGUAAAUCUGGAAAUGGUAGACUCUGUUGGGAUUGGGGGGAGGGCCAUGGGAGGGGCACACUGUCAGCAUAGCCGAUCCUGUUAACAUGUAAGAGUAGCCUCGUAGGUUGAAUUUCUAGUAGCUUCAUGGUAAAUGCAUCCGAAUAAGCCAUACUGGAUUGCAGUGUUUGUUUCUUUAGGGUGUUUAAGGACUUCCUUUCUCCCACGAUUCCUCCUGACUGUACACAGCACCCACCUCCAGUCCGAGCAUGCUGCCGCCCCCGGGUAGACCCAGAGCCCCCCACUUCAGUUCCUCGUCUCUUGUGCCCAUGUUCAUUGAAUCCAAACACAUCCAAAAAGGGUAAGGCAGUUUUAAAAAUGUGAAAACAUUUUAAAAUGAUAGCAGGGAAUUCUUAGAUAUAGCCAAUGCCUUUUACUUAACCGUGCCCAGCAGGCUGGGUGCGUUGAAAAGCCCAAAUAUUUUGAACAAACUCGAACGGAUCUAACAAGGGUAACCAGCUUGGAAUCUAGCAACUUGCCAAUGUGUUUACUGAUCUGGGGGCUUGUUUUUCUUCUCUUCUUUUAAAUAAGUGGCAGUUAAUUGGCAUCAUACCAAACAUUGAAGAAUGGAGGAUUUAUUUAUUGUCACUGGGAAUCUGACCACUAUAAUUGUCCUUUUUUUUUUUUUUUUUUUUGUAUUCUAGGUAAUGUUUUUUGGAAUGGACUUAUGUCUUUUCUUUUUUAAGUGCAAGUUAAAUUUGUUCUAAUGCCCAUUCCCUAAAGCCAACAGAGAUUUGUAGAUAUAAAGGGAUCUUGUUUGGAGAAGGCAACAGAGGUCUGAAAAAAAACAAGCAAGUCCCUUAGCACUUGGGUCCGUUUCUCUUGAAGAAAGCGGAGCUUGGGGGGGGUCCCACAGACCCUGCAGGUCUCUGUUGGCUCGACUCUUCAAUUACAUAAUCUUAUGCUUUAAUACAUAACUGCAUUGGAUGUGAGAGUAAUGUACCUGUAUAGUCACUGUUCUAUAUAUUAACAUUUAACACUGCUGUGAUUGCUCAAGGGCAUUUUAUGUUAUGGCUUUAAAGCAAAGGCAUGAUUAUUAGAAAACUAUUUAAGCUUUUUUUUCCUUUGAAAAACAAGCUCCUUCUACAGAAUAUAAGCAACAGUAGUGCCUGUGGUUUAGCCCACCAAUCUUGAUGACUAAAAGUAGCUGAUGCAUUGUGCAUAUGAUGCUUGAGAUGGUUUUUGCAAAAGCAGAAAUCACUGCAAGGUAAUUAAUUACAAUAGAUAAAAGUGGUAUUUUAAACCUUUGAAAUAAAUGGAUGUAACUGUACCUUGGUACAGCUUUCACUUGUUUAGUUUUUAAACGUUAGUAUAAUCUGAAUAAAUUUAAUAUAAAAUGUUGCCAAAUUCAAUGUAGAAAGAAUGUGACAACACACCUUGGGUAGUUCUGUUUGUGUUUUUGCAUAUUGUAAAAGCAGUGUCACAGCUAAAAAUAAAGACAUCGUUUCUAAAGGUAAAUUAUUGUGGUUUAGUUGCUAGUUUGUACUGAGAGUUGACCUCUCCCUGUGCAGUUUUUUUGUUCUAAACUUGUAUGAAUAACAAUCGUGUAUGUGUCUCCCUUCUACCUUGUAACAAUUGCUUCAGCCUACACUAUAAAUAAAGAACCACUAGAAAAAGUC